AUGGAAGAUGACGCUAGGUACCCAUCAAAGGGAUACCCAUUGCGACGCAAAAACCCUAAUCUUCGUCAAAAACACCCAAUUCGUAACCUACAGUAUCAUCGCUACGAUGAUCCAGAAGAUAACAGCAUCGACGAUGUUUACGAAGACGAAGAACCCGAAGAAUUCGAUGAUUACAGUAUAGGUGAAAACGGAAUUGAAAAUGGGUAUGUUGGUAAUUUUGAAGGAAACGAAGGGUUCAUUAGGAAGAAGAGAAAAUUACGAAGCGGUGGUGGUGGUAGUGGUGGUUCGUCUGUUUCGAAUUAUGAAUUGGUUCCGCGUGGUUGA